AUGUUUCCUGAGCCUCAAGUGGAUCGGUGCCUUCAAGCCUUUGAGGCAGGUGAGGAGGUGCUCGCCUUCUACCACUCCAACUUGCAUCCACGCGGCCACCGCUUCGUGCACGUUUGCGCGCUGAAGGGCCAGCCGUUGUGCGGCUUGUCUUCUGGCUGGUUGUGGGCCACGGUGCAGCAUCUCAAGCGGCCAGGCGAUCCUCGGGUGCAGGUCCGUUUCGUGGGCCCGUUCCGUGAUCCGUUGCUUGGCACGGUGGAGGUGCUGGACCUGCAGCUUCCUUCGGGUCUGGUGAGGCCCAAAGGCUGGGCCCCAGCCCAGCCACUGCUCUCGGUACUUCUGCUUCGUUGGUGGGACUAUGGUGUGAAUCCCACCUGGUCAGACUUCGCAGUGACAAACGACGGCAUGCUGCGAGACCUCGUGGAUGGGCCUUGUGGCCUCUUUCCGGUCCUAGCAGGGGAGUUUGAGCUGUAUACGGUUUUCAUCAAGAGAUCUGCCGAUUUGGAAGCCGUGCUUGAGCACUGGGCCCAAGCUGUUUUGCAGGGCAUCAACACGGUGGUGUGGUAUUUUCUUUGGCCAUGCCUGCGCAGAGAUGCCGACACAGAGGCUGGCUGCGUGCGGGAGAAGCUCUUCUUUGAUUUGCAGCGGCGGAUGGAGAGGGUAGGCCUUCGAAGUGGUUGGCCUCACCCUAGUAUGCUUUACAGACAGCUUUGUGGCAAGCUGUGGGUAUCGCAGAUGUGCCUGAACAAGGGCUUCCGGGUGCCUCCCACCGUGACGGUGCACUACACGGAUGUCAGAUCAGACCCUCACGCCGCUGCCCAGCAAGCGCUGAGCUCGCUGGAACGGCUCCGCGCGCGCCUGGGUGGUGCGGGAGCUGCACGCGGCGUGGCGAAGCUCGGCUUCAGUUGGCAAGGUGACGAUGUGCUGCCCUUCGAUGGGGUGGACAACUUGGCGCGGGUGCUUUGCAGGCUCCUGGGCAAACAGGGCAGCGAGCAGCUGACCUGCUUAGUGCAAGAGAUGGUCCCUGACGUCGUAUGCGAGCAUCGUGUACUGUGCUUCCGCAACGCAGCAGCGAGACCGCAGAGCUUUGUUCGUGAGCACCUGUGGCUCCGAAUGAAGCCCAAGGGCGAGCAUCAUAACCAUCAAGCUUGCUGCGAGGUUCAGGAUUUUGCGCUGGCCUCGGCAAAGGUUGUGUCUCGAGAUGAGGCACCUCGUGAGUUCUUCGGCGGCAGUGCGGAUGCCAGGGAUGCCGUGGAGUCUGCAACAGACGAUCUGGUGGACGAAUGGCUGCUGUGGUUCACGACCGAGGAUGCAGAGCCCCCGCCUGUGACAAGACUUGACUUCUUGGUGUCCUGGCGGCCUGAUGUGAUGCCCGCGGUGUGGACUUGCGAGGUGGGCGAAUGCGGGGCGUCGCUCUGCUCGGUGGAGUGCGAGGCCCGGAACUGCGCGGUGCUGAACUGGGCGAUUCGCCACGAUGCGUCCGGCAGAUUUCCUGCGGCGCUGCCGCCCAUUCGACGAAACAACGGGUGGAAGUCCUGA